AUGUUUCUCUCUCAAUUUAUCCUGAAAAUCAUUAUUGCUCUUUACCUUUCAUCUUUUCCUUUCAGUUACGCUGCUGUCGUUACUUACAACUGGGAUAUUGGUUGGAUCACAGUCAAUCCCGACGGCGAAUUUACACGACCAGUUAUCGCCAUCAAUAACGAAUGGCCAAGUCCAACCCUACGAGCAAAUAUCAAUGACACCGUUAUUGUCAACGUACACAACAGCCUUGGCAACCAGUCAAUGACACUUCAUUGGCAUGGCAUUUUUCAGAGAGAUAACAAUGCUAACGAUGGGGCGCCAAUGGCAUCUCAAUGCCCAAUUAUUCCAGGCGCUUCGUAUACUUACAAGUUUAAGGUGGAUCAGCCCGGAACUUAUUGGUAUCACAGUCAUUCACCCAGCCAGUACGUUGAUGGUCUGAGGGGCCCGCUGAUCAUUCAUGACCCUAAUAAUCCAUAUGACUACGAUGAAGAAAUAGUGAUGACUAUCACGGAUUGGUAUCAUGGUAUUUUAGAGUGUGGUUCUUACCUAGGGGAAAUUACGCUUACGAAAAAUACAGAGCAGGCCGCAGACUUACAUGUCGAAUACCUUUGUAAUAUUUCUCGUUUUCUGUUUUGCUUCGAUGUCUUUUCAGUUGAUGAGCUAAUGAAAAUAGCUGUCGCAAAAAACCCCUGGGGAGGCGCCUCACCCGUGCCCAUCAGAGCCCUAAUCAACGACAGCCCCUCGACCGAAUUUUUUGUUCAGUCAAACCGAACAUACUUUUUGCGCGUGAUCAACAUGUCUGCCCUAUCAUCGUUCUUAUUGUAUCUAGAAGACCAUAAUUUCACCGUCAUCGAGGCUGAUGGGGUAUACACGAAGCCGUUCACAGUUGACAAUUUGUUCUUCGGCAGCGCUCAGCGAUAUGGGGUCUUGUUAAAAACGCAACCCACUAGUGCUAAGAACUAUGCUAUGCUAGCUGCGAUGAAUGUGGUUGAUCUGGAUUCAAGAGCAAUCCCCAAUACGGGGUUUCAACCAAAUGCCUCUAUUCCUAUUGUUUACAAUGCAUCCAACCCGAUUAUAAAAACUGCUCCAUACGUCUAUACAUUCGAAAUCUGGGAUGAUAACGAUCUUACUCCGUAUGACGAGGCUCCAUUGCUCGGGCAAGGCGGUGUAGAUCAACAGUUUGUGUUAAAUCUAUCGUUCUUCCAGCAAACCACCCCUGGAAAUGAACAGUACCGUUCUGGCUUCAAUAACAUUACCUACAUUCCACAACAGGUACCGACACUUUAUACAGCCCUAUCAGCAGACUAUGAUGCUGUGAACGCAGACGUUUAUGGCAAAUAUACGAAUUCUCUCGUCCUGGGUGGUAGUAAUAUCGUCGAACUCGUGAUCAACAACCUAGAUGAAACUCCGCAUCCAAUCCAUGUACAUGGGCAUAACGUACAGCUUGCGGCCCGCGGUGCUGGUGUCUACACUCACUCCAAUGUGAAGACGGAUGGCCCUGCAAUUGGCAAUUUCGGCAACGCCAUUUCAGAAUGGGACAGCUUCGGCAAUCAAUUUAAUAAAAGCGAAGAUCAAGUCAUUUUUAACAGUACUCCCAUGCGCCGAGACACAUGGUUUAUAAAUCCACUUUCCUUCUAUAUAGUCCGCUUCCGAGCGGAUAACCCAGGUAUAUGGCUUUUGCAUUGCCAUAUGGAAUGGCACAUGGACGCUGGGUUGAUGCUCACAAUCGUUGAGGAUCCAUUGAGGUUGCAAGACACCCAGUCAAGCAUCCCAGAACAAAUGCAGCAUAUUUGCAGAAAACAGUCGAUUCCGUUAGAAGGAAAUGCAGCUGGAAAUAGCGAUAAUUAUCUUGAUUUGACUGGGCAGAUCACUAUUGCGUCGCUGACAUAUGGAUCCGCCUACCCGCCCACGCCCAUUGAAUAG